AUGGCUGUCGCCUCGCAAGCACAACAUCUAUCUAAGCAAUGCUUCUCAGACGUCUGCUAUCAGCUCAACAUCCCUCAGCAGACGGCCAAAUCAGGAUCGGGCGACAUCUUCUUCCAGAUCUCCGGCCCGACCAGCUACUCAUGGAUCGGUCUGGGUCAGGGCUCACAGAUGGCUGGCUCGAACAUCUUCGUCGUCUACACCGAUGGAAAGGACAAUGUCACUCUGUCCCCUCGUCGCGGUACCGGCCACGUUGAGCCAGAGCACGAUAGAAGUGCGAACGUCACUCUUCUCGAAGGCUCCGGCAUCAGCAACGGCCGCAUGGUCGCCAACGUCCUCUGCACCAACUGCGUGAAGUGGCAGGGCGGUAGCACCGACUUCUCCGGCAAUAGCGGAGACUGGAUCUAUGCUUCUCGUCCUGGAGAUGCGCUGGACUCUACGUCGGUGAGCGAAGAGCUCGAACAGCAUGAGGCUAACGGCUCCUUCACGUGGGACUAUGUGAAGGCGCAAGGUGGCAGCAGCGGUAACCCUUUUAUCGCAGCACCGCAGGGAUCACCCAGCCACACGGGCAUGUCUUCUACUCCCACAGUGUCCUCAGGCACUGGGAACAGCGGCGCAGAAAGCAACACAGUCGAAGCAUCAUCAGACUCGGCCUCAUCCUCUGACAUGACCGCCACCGCACACGGCUCCCUAGCAGCAGUAACCUUCUUAGUGCUCUUUCCCGUGGGCGCCGCUCUGGUCCGCAUUCCUGGUAUCGGUGUCUGGAUCCACGCUGGCUUCCAGAUCUUCUCCUACUGCUGCUUCAUCGCCGCCGCUGGGAUGGGCAUCUGGCUCGCCAUGACCGAGAAUCUGCUUGACCACGUUCACUCGAUCAUCGGGAUGGUUCUGCUGGGGGUACUGUUCAUCCAGCCACUCGGCGGUGUGCUGCAUCAUCGUGCGUACGAGGUCAAGCAGAGUCGAACUAUCGUGUCAUACAUUCACAUCUGGCUUGGGAGACUGGCGAUUCUGCUGGGUAUGAUCAAUGGUGGCUUGGGAAUUCAGCUCCGUGGAGAUGUGAAGCAUGGGUAUAUCAUAGCUUACAGCGUUGUCGCUGGGGUCAUGGGCGUGCUUUUCUUGGCUGUCAUCGCAUUCGGAGAAGUGCAAGCGUCUCGGCGGCCUAAGACGGAUGUUCGAGGGGAUGUGAAGCAGGAUAAGAGCCCUUUGUAG